CAGCGGGGCUGAGCCCAGCGAGGGCCGGGCCGCGGGGGCGCCCGCCCGGGAUGUGAACGCCGAGCGCGCCGGGCGGGGAGGGCGGGCAGGAAGGACGCGCGGACUGGAGGAGGAGCGGCGCCGAGCCGGAAGGCGGGAGGCGCGUCCGUUGGGCCCGCGGCGCGGCCGGCCAGCCGCCUCGUCGCUCGGGCGGGAGCGGGGCCCGCGCCUCCUCCCCGGCGCCGCGGGGAGGAAGAUGGAGACGCACAUCUCGUGCCUGUUCCCGGAGCUGCUGGCCAUGAUCUUCGGCUACCUGGACGUGCGCGACAAGGGGCGCGCGGCGCAGGUGUGCACGGCCUGGCGGGACGCCGCCUACCACAAGUCGGUGUGGCGGGGGGUGGAGGCCAAGCUGCACCUGCGCCGGGCCAACCCGUCGCUGUUCCCCAGCCUGCAGGCCCGGGGCAUCCGCCGGGUGCAGAUCCUGAGCUUGCGCCGCAGCCUCAGCUACGUGAUCCAGGGUAUGGCCAACAUCGAGAGCCUCAACCUCAGCGGCUGCUAUAACCUCACCGACAACGGGCUGGGCCACGCGUUCGUGCAGGAGAUCGGCUCGCUGCGCGCGCUCAACCUGAGCCUCUGCAAGCAGAUCACCGACAGCAGCCUGGGCCGCAUCGCCCAGUACCUCAAGGGCCUGGAGGUGCUGGAGCUGGGCGGCUGCAGCAACAUCACCAACACCGGCCUCCUGCUCAUCGCCUGGGGCCUGCAGCGCCUCAAGAGCCUCAAUCUCCGCAGCUGCCGCCACCUCUCGGACGUGGGCAUCGGGCACCUGGCCGGCAUGACGCGCAGCGCGGCCGAGGGCUGCCUGGGCCUGGAGCAGCUCACGCUGCAGGACUGCCAGAAGCUCACGGACCUGUCCUUGAAGCACAUCUCCCGGGGACUGACGGGCCUGAGGCUCCUCAACCUCAGCUUCUGCGGGGGCAUCUCGGACGCCGGCCUCCUGCACCUGUCGCACAUGGGCAGCCUGCGCAGCCUCAACCUGCGCUCGUGCGACAACAUCAGCGACACGGGCAUCAUGCAUCUGGCCAUGGGCAGCCUGCGCCUGUCGGGGCUGGACGUGUCCUUCUGCGACAAGGUGGGGGACCAGAGCCUGGCUUACAUCGCGCAGGGGCUGGACGGCCUCAAGUCCCUGUCCCUCUGCUCCUGCCACAUCAGCGACGACGGCAUCAACCGCAUGGUGCGGCAGAUGCACGGGCUGCGCACGCUCAACAUCGGCCAGUGCGUGCGCAUCACGGACAAGGGCCUGGAGCUCAUCGCGGAGCACCUGAGCCAACUCACCGGCAUCGACCUGUACGGCUGCACCCGCAUCACCAAGCGCGGCCUGGAGCGCAUCACGCAGCUGCCCUGCCUCAAGGUACUCAACCUGGGCCUUUGGCAGAUGACGGACAGUGAGAAGGUAAGAAUACUGCUCGCCUUAAGUCAGCCAGCCACUGAGUCCAGGCCCUUUUGCUCCCCAAGAAGGAUCAACUACAGACUGCACCUUGGUUUCAUGGAAGGUGACCUCCCGGAAGCUACCACCGUCUUUAUCCACGGCGCCUGUGAGCUUCGCGUCCCGCCAGCAGGUGGCAGCGUUGUCUGUGAACUGCUGCCCAGUUCCGAGCACCCGACAGAGAACUUCAAGCGGGAGAACCUCACGCCUCCAGAAAGAUGAAACGGAAUUUUCCAGUUUCAGCGGGGUCAGGGAUCCCCUUCCUGGGCACGCCGUUCGGGGAGCAGGUAUCAGAUGCGCCCUGAGGACGGUUCCCUGAUGUCGCUGGCAGGGACCAAAUGUCACUGUCUAAUUUCAGUUUAAGACCAUCAUAUAUAAAUCCUGUUAGAUUGGCAUAUUCAGGGGGUUGGGGAGAACAACUUGGGAAAAUGUUUGCCCUCAUACAUGGAAAUAUCCAUUUUAACAGGAGGAGCAAAGGUGCUGGCUUUUUUCAACUACAAAACUAAAAAAAAACAGAAGGAUACUGUUUGUGAUGAAAAAUUCUAGAGCUCCUUGGAAAAGAAACAACUAUUUUAAAAUUUGGGGAGUAUCAAUUCUUUUGUUUUUAAUCAAAAUGAGUAUCUUCUAAAGGAACCUGUGAACCUGAGAACAAUUAAAAGGCUGAUAAAGCA